AUGAAUGACGCUUGUCGUGAGCUAGCCUCGAUCGCCUUCUACAAGCCAUUUCAAACCGUCCAGAUUUGCUAUGCCUCGCUAGCCGGCGUCACCGUGCUGCUAAUCGCUUACAUCCUCAAAUCGCAUGUUUGGACGUCGACCUAUCAUUCGUGCUUCAAGCUUCUCCUCACCGUCUACUUUUCGGCAAUCGUUGUCCAGAAUCUAUUCUAUAUUGCCGGCUUUACGGUGCUCUUUCAGCGGAUUCGCGCGUUUCGCGCCGACUGCGAUAUUCUAUUCCCCAAAUAUCUUUAUAUGGUUGCCCAUUUGCCGGCGGUGCUCAGCUUGCUCAUCUACAUGUUCUGCCAGACGGCUCUUGUCAUUGAACGCACUGUAGCCACGCUGAAAUAUAAAAACUAUGAAACCUACCAAUCAACAACCUACCAAUUAUUUUUCAUUUCCUUUGUGAGGGCCAUUUCGGUGUACUCCCACGAUGUAACCACGUUUUUUAAGACCGGCAUUCUACCAAUGAUUUCGUUGAUUUGGGCAUAUCAUGAGUGCGAUUUCAAUCAUCCCGUCAUCACGUCAUUGACGCCGCCGAUGAACGUCGACAAUCGCCUCAACGGCAUUUUCAUUUUGUCGUUCUCAUUCUCGGUUCUGGCGCUUCUCGCACUGCUAUGCUACGUGCUUCCGAUGAACCGGAAACUCGAGGCGAAAAUCGAAUCGAAUCUGUCGAGUCGUUUCCAGAUUCUCGAGAACAUCACAACGACGACGAUCAUGUCGCAAAUGCUGAUUCUCAACAUGGUGUUCACAAUAAUUUACAGCGGCGGCACCUACGUGCUGCUCAAUCAUCAAUUCGAGAUAUUCGCCAACAAUCAGCCGCUUCUCUCAUUCACCAAAAGCCUAUUCUAUUUGCCGCCAAUCAAUGGAUUCGUUGUGUCGAUGGUGUCGAUUCUGCAAAUUUCGCGGAAGCGGCGAAAACGCGUCGAGAAAACGACGAGCAUCGUGAUGAUGGCGACGCGCGGCCGCGAGGGCGGCGAGAAUUAUUUGAAAAUGCUCGAUGAGCAAUGGAACGCCGAACAGAAAUUGGCGUAA